UGUAUUUGUAAGUCGUCGAUCGCGCAUAUGCGAUAUAGGUACCGCGGUGCUCACAUUGCGCAGACUUGUUUCAGCACGACUUUACUUCCUACAACGGUGACUGGGUGCGGAUCGAUUGGUAAGAGGUCUCUCUGUGGAAAUGAGGUCUCUGCGCACAGUGUCGGUGGUGGGUUGCCAUGCUGAGGGCGAAGUCGGCGAUGUCAUUGUUGGCGGAGUACUAGACGCUCCUGGCUGUAAGACAAUGUAUGAGAAGAUGAUGUACUUUUGGACCAAGAAGGACAGUCUGCGGAACAUGUUGCUUCAGGAACCUCGAGGUCGAUCCUCGAUGUGUACCAAUCUGGUUGUAUCGCCUUGCGACCCUCGAGCAGACGCUGGAUUUCUCAUAAUGGAAAGCGACGAAUACGCACCAAUGUCAGGGUCUAAUACGAUAUGUACGGCAACAGUGCUCUUGGAGACGGGCAUGAUAGAGAUGAAGGAGCCUGUCACGAAGUUCAAUCUGGACACUGCUGCUGGAUUGGUUGGCAUAACAGCCGAGUGCGAGGCCGGAAAGUGCAAAUCUGUCUCUUUCGACAACGUUCCAGCCUUUGUCUUCGCACUUGACAAAGCUAUAGACGUGCCUGGGCUGGGGACAAUCUCCGUUGAUAUUGCCUGGGGCGGAAUGAUGUACGCUCUUGUCGAUGCGAGCUCUUGCGGCCUCAAAAUCGCAAACAGCGAUGCAGCCAAGCUCAUCGAGAUUGGCGAAAGGAUCAAGCGGGCUGUGCAAAAACAAUUUGUGCCAGUGCAUCCAAAUAACCCAGACAUUCGAGGAGUGACCAACUUUGUAUGGAUGGGACCAUUCGAGACUGCGCCUGAUGGUGUCAAGACGGCGACCAACACAGUGGUAGUGUCUCCUGGCAGGUUCGACCGAUGCCCCUGCGGAACAGGCACCUGUGCAAGAAUGGCGGUACUUCAUGCCAGGGGUCAGCUCGAAGUGGGUGAAACAUUCCGCCACAAAAGCAUCAUAGGCACAGAAUUUAUCAACCACAUCAGAGGCACCACCAAGGUGGGCGAGUAUGAUGCUGUUCUUCCAACGAUAAAGGGCAGAGGGUGGAUCACGAGCUUCAAGGAAAUCGUACUAGAUCCGACCGAUCCAUUUCCGGAGGGCUUCAGGGUAGCAGAUCACUGGCACAUGCCGACUGAUCCCUGAGAAAAUCGGACAAGGAUAGAAAGCUUGGGUGAACAGAAGAUCAAUACAGAAGGUGAUAUGUAUCAGCAUUGUACCUUAUGCUCUGGAGCAGAAAAUGGCGCUGUAGACACUUAUAGAGACUGCUGCUUGUUGUUGAAUGGAAAUUCAUCUGCCUCGCUUGAAUUGUUACUGCCAGAGACCCGAGCCUGAAGUACGCGCGGCAGCAUUAAUUUCUGAGCAGCACAGGAGCUCCUCCACUCGGUCCAAGUAGCAUGUCAAUGACAUGUACCGCUGAUGCUUGACCUGAGGUGGCAGGGUUGUUUACAGCGUUAACGAGGAUUUCUUGAGGUGGAAGCAUUGUAUG